CAAGACUGCUGUCCCUGCUGUCUGCACAUCGCGCACUCUUCUCGUACCAAAUCCAUCUUCUUCUUUGAGAUUCCUUUGUGAUUAUUUUCUUUUGGCGUUUUCCUAAAAUCACAAAAUGGCUGAUUCAUUGACCGAAGAACAAGUUUCUGAGUACAAGGAGGCCUUCUCUCUGUUUGACAAAGAUGGCGAUGGUCAGAUCACCACCAAGGAACUCGGAACCGUAAUGCGUUCCCUCGGCCAAAACCCUUCCGAAUCUGAAUUACAGGAUAUGAUCAACGAGGUUGACGCCGAUAACAAUGGAACCAUCGAUUUCCCGGAGUUCCUUACCAUGAUGGCACGGAAAAUGAAGGAUACCGAUUCCGAAGAAGAGAUUCGGGAGGCGUUCAAGGUCUUUGACCGGGAUAACAACGGCUUCAUCUCCGCCGCAGAGUUGCGCCACGUAAUGACCUCCAUCGGCGAGAAGUUGACCGAUGACGAAGUGGAUGAGAUGAUCCGUGAGGCCGACCAGGAUGGUGAUGGAAGAAUCGACUAUAACGAAUUCGUCCAACUUAUGAUGCAGAAAUAAAACGAAAAGGAAAACCAACCAGUGUUCUUCCCUGAUUUUCCAAACCAGUUCAAGGCUUCCAUCUGGAAAAGUGAUUGCACGUCCCGUGCCGAUUUCUUCCCACCCCUUAUUCCCCCAUUUCAUGAUUGCUAGUUAAACCUGUAGUAACCCAUAGUUACUUCUGUUGGAGCGCCGGUGGCAUCCGCAUCUCCCAGUGGUUCUUGCAGGAAAGUUGAAACGCUCAAGGUGUUCUCGUGCCGGAUCUUGUUCUUCCAUCCAAACAGAAAUUUGAUAAAGCAUGGCGACGUUAUCUUACUCUACCAGAAUCAUAUUUUGUGGAUAUGAGAGGUCUUUUGUUAUACUUGUU